GAACUCAUUUCAGGUCCUAUUUCCAUGGGAGAACAGGAUCAACGAGUCUUUGCGCAUGCUGAUUUGCCUGCAGUAAAUGAUAAGUUGUCAAUAACAUUGCGACUGAAAAUUCACAAGCUUUCUCAUUGGCCUAUAAUUUUUCAUAAAGGUACAGAAUUUAGUAGUAUACGUACUCCCAUUCUCCAAUUGGUGUCGAAUAAGUCUGCAUUGCAUGCUCGAUUCUCAGGCAACUGGAAUAGUAAUGUUGGAAUUGAUGUGCCUGAUGAUGGACUUUUAUUAAACAAAUGGUACCAUAUAGCUUAUACAAUUUCUGAUCCCGAAAAAAGAUUAGAUCUUUAUUUGGAUGGUGAAUGGAUCGGAUUCUAUGGCAUUUCGAACGUUAAGGUGCAAAAAGUUGUCUUUAAUGAUGGUCCUUUACAUAUUGGACGCUCUGAAAACAAUCUUGGGAUUAAUGGUGAAAUUAGCAAUUUUCGUUAUUUCAACUGGCGAUUGUCCCCUGAAGAAGUAAUAGAAGAUUAUUUCAAUGAAUCUCAGAAAAAGCCAAUUGUAUAUGGAUCAAAAAUCACUCUUGCACAUGUAUCUACUGGAAGAUAUUUGUCUACUAAAGGAAUCAAAUAUGACUUGGGUCGAGAUGAUCAGCACUAUAUGGUUAUUUGUGGUGGUCAAGAAAUAGAUUUGAAAAAUGACGUUUGGACUAUAAUCGGAGCCAAUGGUGAAAGUAUAAAAGAAGGAGACCCCGUAUCUCUUAAUAAUAUUAUUGGAUUUAAACACCAAGCGACAGGAUGUUAUUUAAAUUCUCAUGGUACUAGUUAUGAGAGAGCCACGCCAAUAACAAAACAACAACAAGUGACCAUGUGUUCGGAUAGAGAUAGUAAUAAUGAUUGGGUUAUUCGACGUUACAAUUCAACCACUUCCUAUGACAUUGGUCAUUUGAUGAAUGGUGAUAUUAUUAGCCUUUUCCAUAUCAAAACUAAUAAGCCAGCACUUUACAGUAACGCCAUUUUAUUAGGUGAUGGAUCUCAAGAAGUUUCUUGUUAUGGAGAUGGAAGUGACAAAAAUAAUAAGUGGCGUAUUGAAUUAAUUAAUUGAAUACGAAUUUGUGGAAGUUA